GUCCAUAAUCGCCGAUCCCCACCGCCGUAACCGUUGCCAUCGCCGAUAGCCACCGUCCAUCAUCCUAUUCCUAGGACCUCGUUUUCAUUCGAUCUGCUUCAGAUCUGCAUCACUGUUAUCGUUUGUUUGUCUUAGAUCUACAUCACCAAGGUCUUUCAGCCACUGUUGCUGCUCGUCACAACACCACACCUUUGCUGCUUGUACCGCUACCAUUCUUGCACGUAGACGCCUAAUAUCGUCGCCACCAAUCAAGCUGAAAUCGAAGUGUUUUGUUACUUUCGGCGCCGUUGCUUGCUUUGUUUGCUCUUUGUGAGGCUUCAAGAGUUUUUGCCACUUCAAGCACCAGAAAUUUGGAGCUGUUAAAAAGUUUGGGAGAUGAUUUAGCUAUUGACUAUAUAAAGGAGAAAAAGCUGUGUUUAAUAAUUCUCUGCUUAGAUUGGUUGAUCCUGCAACGAGGUAAACAAGCAACCUAUCCCUACUAAUACUUUUUAGAUUUGAUCAUAUAUCAUAAUAAAUAAAAUUAAACUAUACUUGUUGGGUUGGUAUGCUUACCAUGUGUUUGAUGAAUUGCGAACUAAAAGUUUGUCCAGUCAGUUAAACAUAAGAACAAAUACAAAAUUAAUGUCUUAAACCAAUCGCCUAAACUCAUUUUUGAUUGUUGAAAAAAUUUUACAACUCUCAAGACAUGCAUAAAAACUUAGGAUUAAAACCUGCUGGGUUUUCCUAAUGAUUAAGAUAGAAUAGUAUGCAUAUUGUUUUGAAUUACAAGUAAUCUCUUAAAGAAAAUAUUAUAUUUAUUUUAAAAAGGAUUCCAAAACGUAAUAACAUAAAAAAAUAUGUCAGUACUGAAGAAAAAGGUCCAACACUAACGUUGUUACUAGAAACCUUUAUGCUUUAUGAUCAUGACAUCAUAUCUGUUUUCAACUUGUAUGGAGUAUGGAUCAUCUUUCUUCCCCACCUAUCCAAAGUCCACCGUUUUUGAAAUAAACUUGAAUAACAAUUUCAUUAAGGAAUUCAACCAAAAAGAAACGAUUACAAGUGAAAUAUAUAUAGUUUCAAAACCCCUAUCUAAGAAUCUAACCCUUCAAAAGCAUACUAAACUAUUGAUUUACGCUAAGCCUGCCUCAUGCAUUAAUUUUAGUAUAUGUCAGUUUGGUGCUUAAAUUGUUAAUGCAUUUUAGAACGACUAAUGCAUUAACUGGCUGGUAUGUCUUUGCAGUCCAUAUUAAGAAGGACUAAUGCAUUAUAUCUAAUCACUUGCCACCAAAGGUAUUGUAGUUUUCUUUCUAUUAGUGGCAAACUUACUGAUCUAUUUCACUUUUCACUUACAUAUAAGUGCUCAAAAGAAUCAGUCGUAUGAAUGGAUUAUUUCUUUCUCUGAAUUUUCAGUAAUAUUGUUUUUGAAAUGUUACAUUUAUAAAUAACUAGAACUGUAGUUUUUCUCUCAAUGAUUUUAAUUAAAAAGUAAAAGGAAACAAGUGUCUUGUUGAGUAUUAUAACAUUUGAACAUAAAAUUUAAGGCCCUUAAAAGAAAUAAAGACAAAUAUUCACAGGUCAUUCUGAUUAGAAGUGACACUUGAUCAAUAUCCAAUUAUCCAUGUGUUGUCUCUUUUCUGAUGCAAAUAGUUAAAGUUGUUUACUGCAAGUUGACUCCCCUAGCCUAUAGUCUGACCUUUACAAAUAUUUUAUACAAUCCAAAAAUGUAAUGUCCAGUUUUGCAAAUUGUCUUCAUAAUUUUGUUUGCUUUCUUUCUUAUAAUACUUAUCCAUAUUAUAUAGACAAUUAGACCCAAACACCUUGGAGACAAUCUCUCACACUUGUGUUACUUCACCUUUAGUUCUCUGCUUUGCUGCUCUGCAUAUUCAGUUGCAGGUAACUGGAUUUUCUCUUGGAGACCCUGUGGUUGAUGGAAAUGAAAUGGGAGUGGAGGGUAUUAAAAUCAUAGUGGAUGAUUGGAUGGUCAUGAAAGUUCUAUUACGGAUAAUCAAGGAUAUUAUAAGCUUGAUCAGGUAUCAAAUUAGAGUCUUUUGAAGCUCUAUUACCGUUGAAGCAAAAAAGGAGCAUUACAAAUUCAGGACAUUGGAGAAUUAUGGUAAAUUAUAACAAUAACAUCAUAUUAGAUUUAUUUUAGUUCAAUCGAUUGCUCUAGUGGUAUCAUGAUAAAUAAAUUCUCAAUUGUUGAUGAAAGCAUGAAAUUUAGCAUUGAUAAUUUGUAUAAUGAAUACCAUUGCUAUCAUAGCACUUUUGUUAAGGAUUGCUUUCAUGAUCAGGUUUUGCCAAAUAUGGCUUCAAUAGAAGACAUUAAUGCCAUUUCAUAUGACCUUUGUGGCUUAGUUAGGUCAGUUAGUGGUAGUCCGAAAGCCAAGGUGGCUUUGACUCAUGGACCCGAGAAUGUAAAACCACAAAAGAAGCAAACAGAUAGAAAUGGAAGAUUUUGCUUCGAGGUUGUGCCUGGUGAAUAUCGAUUAUCAGCUAUUUCUGAGAAUGCUCCUGGGCUCAUGUUUAUGCCAUCAUGUUUAUUUUAAAUUCUUAGAUCAAUUGCUUAAACCUAAAGCUAGGCUACUUUUAAAGAUGUAACUUUAGAUCAUUGCUAACACUCGAAUUGCUAUAUUAAUGUAACAUAGUUAUAAGCUGGCAGUAUUUUUUUGUUUAGAUUUGUAACAUGAUUUAUUAUUUUUCAAGAGAAAUUUGUAUGUUAAUAUUUUAAAUUUAAUGAAAUAUUUUAUUUUGUAGUAA